AUGCAUGCGGGCGUCGCGUACCUCCACGGAGAUGCUGCCCGUCGAGGCGUCUUGCCACGGGUAACACGGCGUCUCAACGAGCUCGAGCGGAGAUCUAUGAUUCGGAGCGGCGCUGUGUUCGUAUUCAGCGUCGAGGAGAGUGGUAUCAAGAGGUGGACAGAAGGGCUAGCGUGGUCCCAGUCCAGAAUCUCUGGAAAUUUCCUGAUCUAUCGAGAGGUCACCGAUCGCAGCAGCCUUCGAGGUGCCAAUCAGCUGUCGGAAUCAGCUGACAUGCGACAAGGGGGACAACUGGCAGACGGACAUGUCACGUUGAAACCUGGCGGACUGAUUAAAAAAAUUCGCCAGACAAUUACAGUCAAGAUCAAUAGGCCGACCAGUCGUCCGGAUCUCAUGACUUUGAAAAUCCCGUCGGAGCUCUUGCAAUCGGCUAACUUCCGGUACCCACUGAAACUCGAAGGACAAGGGCAGUACAGUGCCAUUCCGUCCCCCACUGAUGAUAACAAUGACACCGAUAUGUCAAUGUCAGGCUUCUCAAGAACACAUCCUGGUUCGAAUGUUGCCUCGUACGCAUCCCAAAGCAGGGAGGGACAACUCGACGGCCUCUACUCAUCGCGGCCCUCGGGAGACAUGCGGCCGCCUUUAUCCCCCACAGGUUCCCCAACCUCCCCGUACGGAGGCAGUAUGGACGGCACGAACCUAAGCCCAUUAGAGUCGCCCUCGUGGUCAUCCUCGUACAACACGCAUCCCUUCGCACCGAGUGGAAGCCCAUCGACGAUGUACACAUCUUCCAUGCAGCUCGGUCAGAUGCACCCUACCCAUCUGCAGAGAGAUGAGGCGUGGUCUCAGCAUGCCCCCGGAGCUUCGCGGAUGGGCCGCGAGUUCGAGCAGAACGUCUCGCGGCUCGACGUAGGAGCACAAUCUGAUUUGUCGAGUUGGACGCAGGGGUCAGCCGUGAUGGAUGCCCAGCAGCUGGCAUCGGCGCCGCCUAUCUCUACCUCCAUCACCGACCUCGUUCGUACCUAG